AUGAUUCGUGAGGGGAAAAGAGUUGAAGAAACAAACAAAGAGCCCGUAAACAUCGAACUAAUCCUCAAGAUCUUUCAAGGAGUCGCAAUCGAUGAACGAAAUUUUACGCAGCCUUACAAAGGUUUUGAGUACUGCAGAGUCAUGGCAUGGACAAACGCAGAGAACGAAAGAGGAACACCAGUGGUGAAGUCUUACAAUGGCUGUCCUCGUUUCAAUCGAACACUUGUGAUUGCUUUAGAUCAUCCUGAGGAUCAAUAUCUUUACAUUGAAUUAACUAGAGGGGUUUCGUGGAAUGAUCCCAGACCAUCGAACGGUACUACGGUGAUGGGUCGUGCCAAGAUUAAAUUGCCUCCUCGGUCAAGCUGUAGGGAGUUCACUUCUAGGGUCGACCUCGUCGGUUUGAAUAGUGAUCGCUGUGUAGUUUCUAAGGGUUUCCUAGAUUUGUCUAUGAAACUUCAUAGGUAUCGUCUAAAAUGA